GAGCACCGAGAGCGUAUCUGGGCGGCGGGGCUCCUGGGUACCGGCCAUCGCCGCCACGGCUAGGCUUCAGAGACUUCUGUGAAUGUUAAAUUGCCGCUUAAGAUGAUGUCAAGAAAUAAUCUGGAGACAUCUGCUUGUAAAAUGACAGAGCCAUUUAAUUUUGAGAAAAAUCAAAGCAAGCUUCCAUCACAUGAUUCUUUAAGAAGUCCUGGAGGACAUGCUAACCAUCCUAAUUUCAGGUUGAAAAGCCCAGAGAAUGGAAAUAAAAAGAACAAUUUUUUGCUUUGUGAGCAAACCAAACAGUUUUUGGCUAGUCAAGAAGACAACUCAGUGUCUUCAAGCUCUAAUGGCACCAGUGGAGAAGUGGUUGGAUCCAAGGGAGACAGGAAGACACUGCCAACAGGAAACUCAGUGUCACUGUUAAAUGUUGGAAAUAAUUUACCACCCAAGGAAGUAAAUAGUAAGCCGAGCAAUAAUGUGCUUCCUGCAAAGUCAAGAAAAAUACAUACAUUGGUUGAGAAUUCCUUAUCCGUAAAUAAUCCGGCGCUCUUCAACUCCUUAGGACCUCCUCUUCGGUCAACAACUUGCCAUCGCUGUGGCCUGUUUGGCUCGCUGAGGUGUUCACAGUGCAAGCAGACCUACUAUUGCUCCAGAGCGUGCCAGAGACGAGACUGGUCAGCACACAGCAUCAUUUGCAAACCUGUUCAGCAAAAUUUCCACAAACCUGAAGAUGAUAAAUCGCCUUCUGAAACAAAGAACGUGGAAGUGAAAAAUGAGAGUGACUAUCCCCUUGGAGUUCCUGAAAAAGCCAUUUGUGCUGAUAAAAUAAUGUUUUCUGAUUUGAGAAGUGUACAACUCAGGAAAACCAUGGAAAUAAAGGGUACAGUUACUGAAUUCAAACACCCAAGUGACUUUUAUGUGCAGCUAUAUUCUUCAGAAGUUUUAGAAUACAUGAACCAACUCUCUGCAAGCUUAAAGGAAACACAUGCAAAUAUGGUGCAUGAAGAAGAUUAUAUUCCUGUUAAGGGGGAAGUUUGUGUUGCCAAGUACACUGUUGAUGAGACCUGGAACAGAGUAAUAGUACAAGAUGUUGAUAUGCUGCAGAAGACGGCUCAAGUCUUAUAUAUUGAUUAUGGAAAUGAAGAAGUAAUUCCAGUAAAGAGAAUUCACCAAUUAAACAGAAGCAUAGACUUGUUUCCUCCUUGUGCCAUAAAGUGCUUUGUGGCCAAUGUUAUCCCAGCAGAGGGGAACUGGAGCAAUGAUUGUAUCAAAACCAUUAAGUCACUGUUAAUGGAGCAAUACUGCUCUCUAAAGAUUGUCGACGUCAUAGAAGAGGAAGUGCUUAGCUUUGCUGUGGAUGUUAUGCUGCCAAGUUCAGGAAAACUCUUAGACCACGUGCUUGUAGAAAUGGGAUAUGGCUUGAAACCCAAGGGACAAAACUCUAAGAAGCAAAGUGCAGAUCCAAGUGAUCCUGAAGACGUUGGAAAAGUGACAGCUGAAAGCAAAAUCGUAGUAGACAGAAGCGACCUAAUCCCCAAAGUGUUAACUUUGAAUGUAGGGGAUGAGUUUUGUGGUGUGGUUGCCCACAUUCAGACUCCAGAAGACUUCUUUUGUCAACAACUACAAAGUGGACAUAAGCUCGCUGAACUUCAGGCAUCCCUUAGCGAGUACUGUGGUCAGGUGUCUCCACGCUCGGAUUUCUAUCCAACCAUUGGUGAUAUCUGUUGUGCUCAGUUCUCAGAGGAUGAUCAGUGGUACCGUGCCUCUAUUUUGGCUUAUGCGUCUGAAGAAUCUGUACUCGUUGGAUAUGUGGAUUACGGAAACUUUGAAAUCCUUAGUUUGACAAGACUUUGUCCCAUAACACCAAAGUUGUUGGAACUGCCAAUGCAAGCUAUAAAGUGUGUGCUGGCAGGAGUAAAGCCAUCAUUAGGAAUUUGGACUCCAGAAGCUGUUUGUCUGAUGAAAAAAAGUGUGCAGAACAAAAUGAUGACAGUGAAAGUAGUGGACAAGUUGGAAAACAGUUCCCUGGUGGAACUUAUAGAUACAUCCGUGACACCUCACAUCAGCGUUGCUAAAGUUCUCAUAGACACAGGCUUCGCUGUGGGGGAAACGGGGGCCCUGACAGAUAAACCCAGUGACAGGAAAGAAACUAGUGUUCCCCCAGGUGUAGAAGCAAAAUUAAAUCCAUUGGUGUGGACGUGGGUUGAACUUGCUGUUGACCAAACAGUAGAUGUUGUGGUCUGUAUGAUAUACAGUCCUGGAGAAUUUUAUUGUCAUGUGCUUAAAGAGGAUGCUUUAAAGAAACUUGAUGAUUUGAAUAAAUCUCUAGCAGAAUAUUGCCAGCAGAAGUUGCCUAAUGAUUUUAAGGCAGAAAUAGGGCAACCUUGUUGUGCUUUUUUUGCAGGUGAUGGUAAUUGGUAUCGGGCUUUAGUCAAGGAAAUCUUACCAAAUGGAAACGUUAAAGUACACUUUGUGGAUUAUGGAAACAGUGAAGAAGUUACUGCAGAUGAACUCCAAAUGAUGCCAUCAACGUUUUUAAAGCUUCCGUUUCAAGGGAUUCAGUGCUGGUUAGUAGAUAUACAGCCUAGAAACACACAUUGGACUAAAGAAGCCAUUGCAAGAUUUCAGAUGUGUGUUGCAGGGAUAAAACUCCAAGCCCGAGUGGUGGAAAUCACUGAGAAUGGAGUGGGAAUUGAACUCACUGAUCUUUCCACUUGUUAUCCCAGAAUAAUUGGUGAUGUUCUGAUUGAUGAGCAUCUGGUCUUAAAAGUAGGUUCACCAUGUAAAGACUUGCCAAAUAACAGCCCUGUUAACAAACAUGAUCUUCAAAUUGACCCUCAAAUUGACACCCCAGGGCUACAAGCCAUCUCUUCAGCUGAGCAGUGGAAGACGAUAGAAUUGCCAGUUAAUAAAAUUGUGCAAGCAAGCAUAUUAGAAAUCAUAAACUUAAACUUAUUUUAUGCACUACCAAGUGAGAUGCCUGAAGAUCAGGAAAAACUGUGUAUAUUGACAGCUGAAAUGUUAGAAUAUUGCAAUGCUCAGAAAAGUCGAUCGUCUUACAGACCAAGAAUUGGAGAUGCGUGCUGUGCCAGAUACACAAAUGAUGAUUUCUGGUACCGAGCCAUUGUUCUGGGGACUUCAGAUACAGAUGUGAAAGUGCUGUAUGCAGACUAUGGAAACAUUGAAACUCUGCCUCUUUCCAGAGUGCAGCCCAUCUCCACCAACCACUUGGAGCUUCCUUUCCAAAUUAUUAAAUGUUCCCUUGAAGGACUAAUGGAAUUGAAUGGAAGCUGUUCCAAGUUAAUAAUAGAGCUACUAAAAAAUUUCAUGUUGAAUCAGAAUGUAAUGCUUUCUGUAAAAGGAAUUGUCAAGAAUGUCCAUACAGUGUCGGUUGAGAAAUGUUCUGAGAAUGGUACUGCCAGUAUAGCUGAUAAGCUGGUGAUGUGUGGACUGGCAAAAAACAUGACAGCUAAAAAGCAAAAUGCUUUAAAUAAAGAAGAAACAUACAGGAUGAAUUACUGCUGCACAGAGUUACGGAAGCAAGUUGAAAAACACGAACAGAUUCUUCUCUUCCUCUUAAACAAUCCAACCAAUCAAAAUAAAUUUAUUGAAAUGAAGAAAUUGUUAAAAAGUUAAGUUAAAUUGGAUGUUAUUGCCACUUCUGUAACCAGCAGUAGGGUAUCUCCAGUCGUGUUAUCAGGGUGGAGCUAAUUGGGGGAACCGUGUUGUGAGGCUGUACUUUAUUUUGUGAUCUCAUGAUCUGACGUCUGGUUGUAGUUUUUGCUGUCUUCCUAGGUCUUAUUUGAUAAUCUUCCUUUGACACUGCUAAUGGAACUGGGCCCAGGGCUGUGGAGGUCCCAGUUACCUUUCCUUCUGUGUAAUUUUGAGAAGGCUCAUGUUAUUGAUAUGUGGAGGGACUUGUAAAAGUUGUUGUGAGGUAAAGCUUUGCCUCAAAUUCCUUGUGUCUGGAAGUAAUAUUAACUCUCCCUUGUGCGCGUUGCUCUAAAAAUGUUUAGCACUUUUUGUGAAGAGGCGCCAAAGGGCCAGGAAUGGAAAGUGGGCUGCCCUGAUGGUAUAUUUCAUUUCAAAACAAAACAUACUCUCCUCUUUUGGCUGUGGCGAUUCUAGUGCUCAGACACAGUAUUGGUGGGUUUUAAAUAGAGGUUCCCCUGCUUUUUUAUGGUCUGGGAUGCUUUCUUCUAAGAUAGCCCACAGAAAUUACUUUAUGAUCCACAGCCAAUUAGAAUUUCUGAGGCAAAUGAGAUUGUCCUCCUUACCGUGUUGAGUUAGUAUAAUUCCAGCCAAAAGCAAAGGAUCUUUGAUUUAUUUAAUUUGUGCACUCUUGUUGGCUAAGGAGCAUUUUGUAAAUCAGAGUGUUUGCAAACAGCUCACGAGGUGGUCCUGCUCUCUGAGGGUCUCUGUGGGCCUGGUAACUCUCAAGUAGGGACCUACUGUGUUCAGACAUACCCUCCAUGUGGUAAUGUAUCAUUGUUUUGUUUUUGUUCCUAAGAAAGUAUGGCUAAAUUCUAAACUAAAUGUCAUUAAUGCAAGAUCAACAGUUUUGAUUCUCGUAAUUUAUUUCCUUUACAAGUUUUAGUUUAUCUUUAAUAAAUGCUGACUUACAAUUGCAAUUACAACGGUCAGUCCUUUCUGAUACAUUGUUUUAAUACUGACUGCUGUUUUGUGUACUUGAGUUUAAAAUCUUAAAUUUAAUGAUGAUUUUAAUUUCAUAUAUUAAGUAACAUGCAAUGACAUGAACUUCUGGAAUUUAGUCCUAGCGCCAAAUCGUAUUGUUGAUCAAGUUGAUUAACUUGUAUGCGCUUUUAUCUUUUUCUCUAAUAGGCUUUUUCCAUAAGAAUAUCAAGAGUGCUUACAUACACAAGAUGAGCCUAUGUUUUCUGUUCUUUCUAGAUAGAUUGAAGGCAUUACUUAAAA